UAAGCGAUAAGACGAAAACAUCAAAAUUGUAUAUUUAAGUGAGUGCUCUCUGGUUAUAUAACUAUACACAUACUGUAUUGCGUUAAUAAGUGUUACUAAAAACGCAGUCGCACUUUCGUGUUUUACCCACGACCAUCUGUUGCAAAGUGCGACUACAAUUUCUACAUCCAGUUCAGUUCUGUUGCAUAUAAAUAGUCGUAACGUGUGUCUCUUAUAAAACUAAAUCAAAACUUUCGUUUCAUUACCACUCCACAAAUAACAUUAGUUUUUGCGUUAUGUCGGUAGAAAAUACGUGGACUCCAUUGCUAUACACAUUUUAUUUCUUGGGCCAAAGCCCAUUCCCUUCAACUUCAAUAGCUUCGAAAAGCUAUUUCAAACGUUUGCUCCUCAAACUACCCAUUCUCAUUGUUUUUUGCGCUAGCAUGUAUGGGACCAUCCAUUUCUUCAACACGGAUUUCUACUUUGCAUGGCACAACGAAGGACUUAUUGUUAUUCACAUUUUAUUAAUUCUGAGCUCAAUAAUGACAAAUCUGGUCAUGACAAGCCGGUCUCUAUUUCGCGGUUCUGUUUGUGUUCAGCUUCAACAGUCGUUCAAUGCAUUAGAAAUGGAAUUCAAGAACUUAUUGCCGAAUAAAAAUGUGCAAUUAGGGAAAUUUCGUAAUGUUUUUUUGAUGAAAUUCUUCACUGUGCUAAUUUCAUACAUCGUUUUAGUAUUCGCUAUGACUAUGUCUCGCAUUAAGACAGAAUAUUCUCACACAAGUUUCAUGAUAGUGUUGGCCUUUAUUAACGAUUUGUGUGCUCUUCAAGUCGUAUUGUACGUUGAUUUAACCAAAUUCUUCUUGAAAACGAUAACUGGUACAUUCCGCAAGAUUGCCGGUGAGGAGGCCAAAUGUGUUAGAGAAGCAGUUAUUAGAACUGAAUUGCUAGUAUCAACCAAAAAGUGUUAUUUGAGCAUCUCUAAAACUGUUGAUAAAAUCAACGAACAUUUUGGACCUUUCCUUUUGGCCUACAUUGUGCAACAAUUCCUGGCGGUUUCGUAUUAUAUUUUUUGGGUACUCGACAGUAAGUUCAGUAUAGGACUUUGGCCGAGCAUAGACAACGGUUCCGUCCUCCUAUGCGCACUUUUAAGUCUUUACUUGGUAUUGAAUUCUUGUCAUAAAAUCUGCACUGAGACGCAAUCAAUUGGGAGCUUUCUCUACGAAGAUGAUUAUUUAGUACGUGGGGAUGGUCAACGGUUCCUAACGCUAAUUAUAAAUCAACCGAUAAAAAUUACCACAAUGGACUUUUUCAAAUUAGAUCGAUCAUUCUUUGCUAGCAUAACUAUUGGAGGUAUCACGUCAGCCAUUAUGCUGGUACAAUUUCGGGACAAUUGAAUGUAUACCGAGAAAUCGGAUUGAAUAAAGGGUAUUGGAAAUAU